GCGCUGGGCGCUGGACUGGGAUUUAAAGGGCCGGGAGCGGCCCGGCCGGCGCUGUCUGCGGAGCCUGCGGCCGGUGCCCCUGCCCGGGAAGAUGGUGUGUGGCGGCGGCUUCGCCUGCUCCCGCAACGCGCUCUGCGCCCUCAACGUGGUCUACGUGCUGGUUGGGUUGCUGCUGAUCGGCGUGGCUGCCUGGGGCAAAAGCUUUGGCAUCGUCUCCAGCAUCCACAUCAUCGGCGGAGUCAUCGUCGUGGGCUUCUUUCUGCUGCUCAUUGCCAUUGUGGGACUCAUCGGGGCUAUCAACCACCACCAAGUCAUGCUCUUCUUCUACAUGGUCAUUUUGGGGCUCGUCUUUCUCUUCCAGUUGGGACUCUCCUGUUCUUGUCUGGCCCUUAACAAAAGCAGAAAGGAAAGUCUCUUCCGCGCUGCCUGGGACCUCCUGAGCAACAAUACUCGCAACGAGAUCGAGGUGAAUCUCAACUGCUGUGGGCUGCUAAACAACACCAAUGACCCAGUCGCCAUCGGGACGUUCCAGAUGGACUACAACCUCUGCACAGCUAUGUGUAAGGACAACACGACCAAGGGCCACAUGCCCAGCUGUCCUAUGUGCGGGGAGAAGAUGCUGAAGCAUUCGGACGAGGCUCUGAAAAUCCUCGGAGGAGUCGGACUUUUCUUCAGCUUCACAGAGAUCCUCGGAGUCUUGCUAGCCAUGCGCUACAGAAACCAGAAAGACCCCAGAGCAAAUCCCAGUGCCUUCUUAUAGAUGGUCCACCCCCUGCACCUUCCCCUCCCCAGCUGAUAAUACCUUAGGCCUGAGACUCCAUCUCCCUCCUGCUCAGAAGGAAAGCGACGCCUGCAUCUGCCCCCCUCUCCCACGGCCGUGUUACCAAAGCACUGAGUGGAUGAAACGGCAGCUGUGUGGCUCCAUCCUUGGAAUGAAGCCUUUGGCAAACGGCUGGUGGGAGUGGUGUGGGGUGGGGAGCCCCGCGAGAACGUUCUGGUGCAGCGAGAGCCCGGGCUCGGCCGUGCCAGAGCCAGGCAGCCCCGCUGAGCGCUGGGCACGGCUAGGAGCAUGAAGCUGCUAACCUGUAGUUAGGGCCCUGCUCCGACCAGUUCCCCGGCUCUGUUCUGGCACGUAGCCAAAGGCAGAGAGGCAGGUUGCCCUGCUGAGACCAGCCAUGCCAGCCUGAUCAGGAGCAAACUCCAGGGCUGUAUUUACCUUUGUGGAGACUCACCUGGCCACAGCUGUGCUGACCCGACAAGGAGAGGGAGGGACCUGUGCGGCUUAGAGACCACGGAGCUGGAGCGAAGCGCCAGGGCCCCAUCAUCUAGGAAGUUGUUACGUUCCUUUAAGGGGUGGGGCAGGGGGCCUUGUCUCUGAUGAAUGUGCAGCCUGUCACGGAGCUACCUGCCCUGAAGAUGUUCAUGUGACUGGGGGGGAGUGGUGGAGGGGAUCUAACAGGUGCCGAGGUGCUGGUGCGUGGCAGGAAAUUUGGCAUUUUUAUCCUUAAACUAAGUAGAAUCUUAAGAGCCAGGCUGUAGCCUUUCAGCAGGUGGCACCUGGGCAGCUGCUCCUGCUGCCUCUUGCCCCACCUAAGGGCUUUGCAGGGACAUUUCAGAGCCUUGGACCAGCAACUCAGCCCCCUGCAGAAGAAUCUUUCAAAGCCUCUGACCUCUAUGUCCAUGGCUGACCGCCAGGUGUCUGCCCCUAACCUCCCAAAGGGCAGUAGAGACCAGCUGCCUUCCUGGAACGGUGAGAGCCUCAGCCGAGCUGGGGGUCCCAUCCUCCUGCACUGCCACAGUCAGCUGGAGCUUGCUUCUGCGCUGUCAUAAAGGGAUCGGCCUGCUGUAGAGGGGCCACCCCCCACCCAGAUUCCUUGCCCAGGUGAUCUCUGCAGGGCAGUUCCCUGCCUGUUGCAGGGCUGGCUGGGAUCUCUCUUUGCCAGCCCCCAGCUGUGGCAUCUUUGGUUUUUGCUGCAUCCCCGGCCUGAGACCUUAGCCCAACAGCCAGACACAGCUUGACGGAUGCCUUACUUAGAGUGCAGUGUUACACCUCCCUGCAGCAGGUGAGUUUGGCUUGAGACUGAUUGGGAGGGCUGGGCUGGCCCAGCCCCACUGCAUUCCCAGAUCCACCUGCUGUCUCCAAGGGGCAGUGUCUGCCCCUUCCUCUGGGUCAGACAUGGGGAGUUGGAGCCUGGUGCUGUUACAUGUGCAGCUGGGCACUUAGUCCCACACACAAGUCCUGUGCUAUGCAGUGUGGCUAAGUUGAUUAGCGUGUGGGGCUGGGAAUAGAGCCAGGGCCAAUGGAUUCUCCCCCCUCCCCCCCAGUACGGGGACAGACAGUGCUAGCUUCUCACCUUCACCUGAGUUUGCAAUGAGUGUCUCCCAGCUCCGAUGGCAUAGAACAGCCCCCGCUGCAGGCCGCAGCUCCCUGGCAAGACAGCGCUGGCCCAGCCACCCCUUGGCUGGACUCAGACGGGCAGUAGGAUGGGGCUGGAGGCUCCCCAAAAGAUGGCGGCUGCUCCUCCUCCACUCGCAUGCAGUAGAGGGCCCAGGCACAGCCGGGUAAACUUCCCUCCCCCCCCACCCCGCCCAGAAGCACCAUCCUUAACCAACACUGGAUAGUUUUGAUUCUUCUUCCCGCCCUGCCUCUGAGAGUCCCCUCACCCAUGUGACUAGUGUGGUUAGAGCCCAGAGGGGCUGCAUGCUAUUUAUUUAUAAGUCUAGCUGGAAACUCUAGGUAUGUGGUAGGAGUAGAAGGUGUUUUCCCGCAGUGCGACAGAGCCCUCCCUGCACCAGGCUCGGGGCAAGGAGACUGGGGCCUUCUGCAGAACCAGCACAAGCGCCUGAUUCUCCAGCCAUGCUUCAUUAAAGGGCCCUCUCCCCAAACUCUGCCCUUCAGUCUCUGGGCUAUGCCCACCGGAGCCAGCAAGGAGGGACCAGGCAGCAGCAGAAUGCUGCUGGCUCCCUUGUCAAUUAACCCUUGUAGGGAACGCAGUGAGAGUGCCCACUCCUCAGUAUUAAACGCACACUAGGUGCAGGCUGCCGUUAGCAGGCAUCUGGGCGCAGCCCAACAGCGGGGAUCCCAGGCGCUGAAGGAGUCGAUUUCCUCUCUGCCGCCCGCUUGGAUCAUUUGCCAGCUGAGCCAGCCUUGCAGCAUGGAGUUCAAGGCUUCGCUCCCUGGGGAAGUCACCGGCCCCAGCUGGUAUGUAAACAAAGCCACAGGGCAAGGUCCUGCACACAGGCCCUCGGGGGGCACUGGGGACUCCCGUGUGACUCAGCCCCAGGCAGUGAUACUAAAGGUUUCGGUGCUUUAGCUGGGCUUGCUGGGGCAGAGGAUGCUUUCCCAGCAGCACUUGUGGAUGUGGGCAGAACUCAGCUGGGGCGCUAGCAAAGCAGACGCUGCUCCCAGAGACUUGAGUUUAAACAGAGGGGCAGCAGGACGUCAGCCUCUCCCCAGUCUGCUCAGCCUCUGUCCUGGCUCCCCAGCCGGGGGAUCCGUGCUGGACCCGUGUUAUCAGCGUCCGUUGGAGUGGCUGGAACCUGCACAGCUCAUUCAUUGUUGUGUGUAUUUGUUACUUUAUCGAUCACUCAAAUAAACACCUUUCAGUGAC